ACUCUGUUUGAUAUGUCACUGCACACAUAUACACGUCUGUCAGUUUCGAUUCAGUGUCAAGUUUCUCUCGCAAUAUCGCACAAUAUCAUUAUGUUAAAUAUAUAUUGAUAGAGCUGUAUCGCUUUAUAUUAAUGUUACUAUUCUUUUUAUAUAAAGCGAGACUACUGUUCUUUAAUAUUUCUCAACGCAACGAAUGCAACGAAAGAUAUUUACGAACGCAAAAGCUGCAUGUAUUUCUUCAUUACGGCUAGUCAAUUUAAUUAACGAACGUAGUCGUUAAACUUAUUUCUUUUUAUCACUCAUGAUAAAAUACAAUCCACGAGGUAGUUAUCACCUAAAAUUAUUUUACAAUUGGAAAUUCUUAUAUUGUGAUAACUAUGCUGAAACUCAGCAAAUCUUACGUGCGGUUGGUUUUUCAUCAUAUCGUUGAUACGAUUAAAAAUAACAACGAUAUACAUUUAUAGUGUAAUUAAACAAUGACAAAAAAAUAUGCAUAAAUAUAAGUCUACCGCUAUCAUAUACGAACGAGUGAUCCACGAGUGGUUUGUCUGCACCGAAAGAUUAUUUAAUGUGUUAAAAAGGUUAUGAAAAGAGCAAUAAUCAUGAAGAGUCCUGUACCUCAACAUGUAAAUGGAAAUAAUCAUCCUGUUUCAUCACAGAAUGUAUCUCCCUGUAUUGUAUCUCGUUAUGGAAAUGUGACUAAUAAUUAUCAGGUACUGAAAGUAUCUGGACGAGAUUCUAACUGUUAUAUUGCAAACAAUAUUGUUCCAAAAGUUGGUAGACAACAGUUGGUGUCAUUAAAUGGAGAUUCAAUAUCCUGUAACAGUGUGAAUAUCAAUGAGGCUUUGGCAUGCGAUGUGGCUUCCAUGCCUGCUGUAAAAACCAAGGCAUUGUGUGUUCAUAUUCGAGAAAAUAAAUGGUACGAUGCUGGUAAUAUAGUUUCUGUAGGAGUUGCUGGAACUAGUUUAAAUCAUGCAUUGGAGAGUAUGUCUAUAGCUUAUAAUCCUACUACAAAGCAACUAUAUUCUCUGGAAGAAAUAAAUGUUUCUAAUGAUGCACAACUUGAUUGUAAAUCACAAUAUUUAAAUUCUCCUUGUGAUCAUAAAGAAGAAUCUGUAAAUGGGAUUUCCAAAGUUGAAGAGGACAAAUAUAUCAGAUUGGAAGGUGGUAGUGCAAGCAGUAGCCCCAGAAACAGUUUACCACGUUCUUGUAGUAGCACUGUCUCUUCUCUCAGUGAAGUUUCUCCUUCUGGAAGUUUUUUGAGUUCUGAUGAACAAGUUGCAGAAAAAGUUGAAAAGUCCAAACGUUGGGGAUUGAAUACAAUUUUUUCAAAAAAUGUCUUUUUAUGGAAAAACAAAGAUUCUCAACAAUCUACACCUACAAGCAGUCCAUCAAGAAAUAUAGAUAAGGUAGGAGGAAGUUUAGCUCUAAUUCAACAGCCAAGACCAGCAAAUCUACCAGCAAAGAAUGCCAUUGAGGAGGAACGUCAUCGCAAACAAUAUAAUGCCAUUCUGGAAGCAGCAAAAAAGAGAGAAUUACGAGAAGAGAAAGAACGUAAACAUCAAAGAGAACUACAGCUUAAAGAAGAAGAAAGAUUAGCAGAAGAUUCUCAUACUUGGAAUGAAUACGUUCUUCCCAAAUUUGAAAGUAUUAAAAAUACAAAAAAGGUACGUGAAUUAUGGUGGCGUGGUCUUCCACCCAGUGUUCGUGGCAAAGUGUGGAAGUUAGCAAUUCCAAAUAAUUUAAAUAUAACAACGCACCUUUACCAUAUAUGUUUGGACAAAGCAUUGUCAAGUCCUGUUAGUGACGCAUUAGCAGCAAUCAAAUUAGAUGUAUCUCGUACCUUUCCUACCUUAUGUGUCUUUCAAGAAGGUGGACCACUAUCCAAUAGCCUUCAAGGUAUUUUGGCAGCCUAUGCAGUUUAUAGGCCUGAUGUAGGUUAUGUACAAGGUAUGAGUUUUGUGGGUGCUAUAUUGUCAUUGAACAUGGAACCUCCAGAUGCCUUUAUUUGCUUUGCUAAUUUAUUAAAUCAUCCCUGUCACAGGGCUGCUUUUACAUUAGAUCAGAAACAAAUGGAUAGUUAUUACAGAGUAUAUUCUAAUGCGCUUGCACAUAAGUUGCCAAAAGUCUUUUUCCACUUUACAGUAGCUGGUCUUAGUCCAGAUUUAUAUUUGUUGGAUUGGUUGUAUACUAUAUAUGCCAAAGCAAUGCCUCUGGACGUUGCUUGUAGAAUCUGGGAUGUUUUCCUCAGAGAUGGAGAUGAGUUCCUUUUUAGAACAGCACUUGGUGUAUUACACUUGUAUCAAGAAGAACUAUUAAAAAUGGAUUUUGUACAUGGAGCACAAUUUCUUACUAGAUUGCCAGAAAACUUACAGGCAGAAGCUUUAUUCAACAGUAUUAGUCAAAUGUCUACUACUGUCGGAACAACAACGUUCCAGCAAAUGUUAGUUCAAUUUUCUUAAUUGUAAUUUUAUAAAUUACAAUGAGGAAUGUAGAAAAAUAGUCAGAUUUAAAAGAAUGAAUCUCAAAUACUAUUUUUGUUACUG